AAUGCAUAUUUAUCCGGUGAUGCAAUCUUACGCAAUGCUACAAACACAAGGUUGUUUCCUUCAUUAAGCAACUCGUAUUGUAGAAGUUAUCUGACGCCAUCAGUUGCGUUUACACAAGUGCCUGCUGAAAGAUGGAUGAUGAUGACUUUGGAGGCUUUGAGGCAGCAGAGAGUUAUGAGUUUGGAAAUGGUGAAAAGCAGACCACAUCUCCUGCUAUUGCUUGGGCAGCAUUUCCUACAGUACCUGAAGUCCAUAGAUCUGAUGUUCUCCUGGAGCACUCUGUGCCUUCUUCCUGCCUGCUUCCUUCCGACUCUUUCGGUUUAUCAAGUGGUAAUGUGGCAACAGUUAUUCAAACAGGCAAGAGUGUGAUAAAUCCAGCUGUUCCUGAAGAACAGGCUCAAGCAGAUAUUCCAGUUGCCUCUUCAAAUGUAACUGAAGACAAGACUUCAGCUGAUGUUGAGACAAAGAGAAGAAAUGAACCCAAGAGCUGCCUUCAACAAGCUGUGGCAAACCUCGAAAUCAAGCUCUGCAGUGCUGAAGAAGAAAAACUAAAAAUCAAAAAGGAAUUGGAAUAUUUGCUGGAAAAACAUAGUGUGCUAGAAAUGGAUUUCUUGAAGGAAAAAAAAGAAAAAGUGCUUCCACAUCAAGAUCAUUACAAGACACUCCAGGAAAAGCAUAAACAGGAAUUAGAAGACAUGAGAAAAGCUGGACAUGAAGCCUUAACUAUUAUUGUUGAAGAAUUCAAGGCACUGCUACAAUCUACAGUUCAGCAGCAAGAAGCAGCUAUUGAAAAGCAGUAUAUAUUAACCAUUGAAAAGCAUUCUCACAAAUGUCAAGAGCUCCUUGAUGCUCAGCAUCAACGACUUCUUGACAUUUUGGAAGCAGAAAAGGAAGUAUUGUCAGAAAAGAUAGAAGAAGCUAUGAUGCAGCAGUCACAAAAGCACAAGGAAAUGCUGGACAAGUGUUUGGAUGAAGAAAGACAGAGGAGCAAGGAGGCUUUGGCAGCUGCUGCAAAGGCUGAAAAAGAAGUAGUGCAGGAAGCUGUUCUGAAAGCAGUAGAGGAGGAGAGGAGAAAUAUGGAGAAGAUUCAUGCAGAAGAAAGAAAACUGUGGGAAGCAGAACGUGACAGUCAUAGAGAGAAGAUUGCCCAGGCUGUUUCAGAAGCCAUGCAAGAGCAGAGAAAGCAGAAUCAGGAAAUUGUCAAGGAAGCAUUAAUGGAGGAGCAGAAACGAAGUGAAAAAGCAAUUGAAGAAGCAGUGAAAAGGACAACAGAGGAACUGAUGGAGUAUAUUAAAGAGCAGAAGAGGCUUGAUGAAGUUGUCCGCCAGAGAAAUCUGCAUAGUUUGGAACUUUUCCUUUCAUGUGCACAGAAACAGUUAAAUGUAUUAUUAAAGGAAGAGCCAACCCCAGCAGAAAACAGAGACUGACAUUCUCAGUGCUGAUGAUACAGUGUGAUUUGUGAAGCUGCAAAUCUCCAUCUAGCAAAUGAUGAAUAUAUUCCAAUCUUUUUGGAUUGUAUCAUUGAGUCAAGAUUGAUCUGAAAUUCUUGAUAGAAAUGUUUGUGGAUGAUGUUCUUCUAUUUAUUUAUUUAUUUUAUUACUAUUAUCAGAUAGCAAAUAGGAGAGGGAAAAAAAUCCUUGGGAAAAAAUUGGCUUAUUUAGGAUUUGUUUUAUUUAGGAUUUUUCUUUCAUUAGAUUUUCUAAUAGCCCGUGUCAAAAGUUUCCGUGUUAUGUCUGAAAUUAUGACAUUUCCCUGUUAUGUCUGUUUUAAGUUUGGCACCAUGUGUUAAUGUGAUUCACCAUUAUUUUUGAUAUUUUAAAAAAUGGAGACAAACAUUUAGUUGAAUAUAGGUACAAAUCCAUCUCUGUUCCAAGUCCUACAAAGUAUCUACCCAAGUCCAUUGCCUCAGGUGAACCUGAGCAGCUUAUUAUUUCUUACUGCUUUUGAUGUAGAACAGGAGAAUCAGUACUGAAACAUAAGAGUGUUGUCAGGCAUUUCUUAAAUAAUUUAUAAACAAAUCCAGUUCUAGGAACAGAAAAAAUUAAAAACUAAACAGUACAUCUGUUUAGGGUAGUGUAAAACAUUGCCAUGACCAAUGUAUAGUAUAUAUUUUAUUUCUGUUUUACAGAGCUAGUUCAAUUCCAAAAGUCAUUUUCUCAUGAAAUUACGAUUAAUGUGACUGACCUCAGUUGCAGGAAGAAGAUGUAUGUAAUUAUGUGGAGGCUGAUACUCACUGCCUCAGUGGAAUUUCUGACAGAAUAAGGAGUGCAGCCUGCUGACCUCACAUGCCCUUUCGAAGUGCAUCGAAGGAAGUAGAAGAACUCCCCACUGACAUUAUUGGACUUUGGAUCACUCACAGGUCUUUCUAGUCUUGCUGACAGCAGAUGGAAUUGGAAUUUCUGUGCCUACUCUCUAUUGAUUGUAGAACUGGGGCCUUAGUUGUAGAAGAUCUCUGAAUGAUAUAAGGGAAAAUAAGUGUUCAUGCUUAGGUACGUAAAUAAACUAAGAAUGAUC